AUGGGGGUGGGCGAUUAUGUCCACUCCAGGGAAGCUGGGCAGCCUCGUGCACCGAGCAACUUGCCUCCCUCCCAGCGCCAACUCCGGGCUGAGCAAGCAAAGGUGGAGGUACCCAGCAACUACUUCAAGGAACCCGUCAUGAAUGGCCUUGGCCUGUCGCGAGCAUUUCAAGCCUCGCCCGUGCCCUCAGAUCGAUCUCGCGAUCUGCAUGAAAACAUACCGCCCUCUGCGCCUAGAGCAGGGGGCCGGCGGGACGCGUUUGAUACCGACGUCGAGGCAAUUGAUGAUUCAACUAUUGCUGGAACCAGCGUUUUUGGAUUUGAUGGUCGCCAAUCCCAAGCACCGUCGACGGUCAAUGCUGGCGGCGAGAUUACGUCGCCUCGGCCUUCUUACCUACCCCGGCCUACACGCCGCUCUGGGAGGGAUUCCUUCUACGGUGGUCUGGGAGACAAAGCUAUGAAAAAGGCCGGAUUCGACACCUCUGAUGACGGCGAGGAUACUGCUAGCCAACUCACUUCGUCUAUCGGAGGAGACGACGAGAUGACCGAGGUGAUUCAAGAGCCGACCAAGCCAGCAGCGCCAGAGGAACCGAUCACUUCUACUGAAUCCAGAGAACCAGGCGGCUGGUACUUACCACACAAGCACCGAUCCGGGGAAGAGCCAUUGAGCAAGCGCCUAGAGAAUUUCUGGUCGACGAGCAAAAGAGCAUCACAGUCCAUCGAUCAAGCUCAAGCAGAUGCUCGUCAAUCCGCUCCUAUGGAUACCGUCCCUGAUGCUCAACCACGCAAACUGGGCCACAUGCUUCCGCCUCCCGGAGCAAGAAAGAUUACUCUCCCGCACAGCAUGUCUGGCACCCCCAGGACACGCUUCAGUCCCCCAAAACCUUCUCUCCUCGAGCAACUCGAGAUAUCACCAACUCGUCGUAGCUCCGAGCGGCAUGGGUCCGAGCCGCCGGCACCAGGUGGCCGGAUGCUCAACAUGACAGCAUUCCACCCAGCAGAGCACACCGACGACGAAAGUCAAUACGAUAAUGGAAUCGAUGAAACCAUUCGUAUAAGCAGUAGACGACACAGUGGACACUCCCAACACGCCUUUGACAUGACCAACAUGUCCGAUCUGGACCGUGAGGACGAAUUGACUCACGACCCAUUUCUCAGCCACCAACCCUCAACCAACCGUGGUCGUCGAAACACGGUCAUCAAGACAAAGAAACGCCAACUAGAAGCAGACUACCCACCACAACUGCUCUACCAAAAAUCCUUUACCGACCUGCAGGCCGAACCUUUCGACAAAGCGCCUACACCCACGCCCUCUCCUCCUGCAAAGUCUCUAUCCUUGCCCCCAAAUAUCAGCCUUAUAUCGAACCAUCACUCAGCCGACGAUACGGUAUUCCAGCUCCUCAAACUCGCAGACCAAGACCGACAGGCGUACCUAUCGCGCAUGUCUGUCGAGGAAUGGGAAGACUGCGGUGACCAGCUGAUCGACCGAUUCAGCCACCUUCUCACUGAGAUGAAGAAACUGCGCCGCGCUCGUCGCCGCACAGCUGCCGUUUUUGAAGCCGAAGUCAAACGCCGACAUGAACUUGUCGAGGCGCAAGACUCGGAAUUAUCGACUAAAUUGAAUGAAAUGAGAACCGGAGGUGCUGAGGUUCUGCGGGGUCGAAGCACAUGA